AUAAUUUUGUAAUAAUUGUUGCAGGUCAUGAAAAAAAAAAAAUUUUUAUUUCGUUGAAUAUUUUGUAUAAAGUUCAUUGCCCAUUGAUAAGGUUAAAAUAUAAUAAUAAAACUACUCGUACCAAAACCCCUCCCUCUUUCGGAGCUCAAAAUACCAAAAGACAAGGGAAUCGACUUCAAGCCACACAAAUGAUCUUUUUCUGCGACUUGGUAACUUGUUGACGUAGCAUUUCGUCAAUAGUUUCAAACUCCUGGCCAUUUUCUGAUCUCUCUUGUUCGCUGGAUAAACCUGCGUCUUCGGUUAUUUUUUUCCCUUGUCUUCGUUUCCUUUGAGUUAGUAAAGUAGGGAGUUGUUAGGGUUUAGCAGAGACGAGAAAGAUGUUAUACAUAAUAGGUCUUGGACUGGGUGACGAGAAAGACAUUACUUUAAGAGGUUUAGAAGCAGUUAGAAAAUGCGAGAAGGUUUACAUUGAAGCCUACACUUCUCUUCUCUCUUUUGGUCUUUCUACGGAUGGAAUUUUCACUCUGGAAAAGCUUUAUGGAACUCCAGUUACUGUGGCUGAUAGAGAAAUGGUAGAAGAGAAGGCUGAUGCUAUUCUCUCAGAAGCUCGACUCUCUGACGUGGCUUUUUUGGUUGUUGGUGACCCCUUUGGAGCCACAACACAUAGUGAUCUGGUUGUGCGCGCCAGGAAGUUGGGGAUUCAGGUCCAGGUUGUUUAUAAUGCAUCAGUGAUGAAUGCUGUUGGAAUUUGUGGGUUACAACUUUACCGCUAUGGAGAGACAGUUUCAAUUCCAUUUUUCACUGAAACUUGGAGACCUGAUAGCUUUUAUGAGAAAAUUCAGAGAAAUCGUUCUCUUGGGUUGCACACUCUCUGCUUGUUAGAUAUACGUGUCAAAGAACCUUCUUUUGAAUCUUUGUGCAGGGGAAAGAAGCAAUAUGAACCACCCAGAUUUAUGACAAUCAACACUGCCAUUGAGCAACUUUUGGAGGUUGAGCAAACUAGAGGAGAAUCUGCAUUCAACGAAGACACCGAUUGUGUGGGGUUUGCUCGGCUUGGCAGUGAGGAUCAGAUGAUUGUUGCUGGUACAAUGGCUCAACUUCAGAUGGUUGAUUUUGGACCACCUUUACAUUGUCUAGUUGUAGUAGGCAAGACACAUCCGGUGGAAGAAGAAAUGCUAGAUUUUUACAGGCUGAAAGAGGAUAUUCAUCCAAAAAAUAACAGUGAGACUGCUUGAUUAUGACUGUAACAGGAGAUGAUACAUAUACACAAAUGGCCAUUGCACACAUUAACAGUGGCAAAUGGAGCAGUAACAAGAAUUUAUAAUUUUUGGGACGAUAUGAGAGUGGCAAAGAGGAAAUCAUAUUUAUCAAUUUAUGAAAGAAAAAUGUAUUCCUUUUAUCAGUCUUUCUACUUUAUGAUUAGUGUGAAGUCCUGCAGCUGAAUAUCCUCGCAACAAGAGAUCUUUUUUUAAGUUGUGUCUGUAUGAUGUAUCAUAAGUUUUUAUUGCUCCAUGUAAUUGGUUCUAUGAAGGCUUGUGGAUUAUGAGUUGUUUUUCGAUAUUAUUAUUUUUUAUUGACCGACAUUAGUGAAUGAUUAUUUGUACUGUUAA